UCCUGCAUGUUAUGCUGGGGAUGAGAACAGGGGAAAUCCAUCCAUUUCUCAAAAUCAUGGAGUGGGCUUUGAGGAUGAGAACAUUACGGGCAUGGGUUAUUGUUGUGCUGCUGCUUCAUCAGUUUCAUCAUCAUCAUCAUGAAUCAAUGGCAUGUUUGGAGSAGGAGAAGAUGGCUCUUUUAGCUUUCAAGGCUUCUGUUCCAUGGACUGAUGAUGAUGAUACUUCUUACGGCCGUCUCCCAACUUGGGUUGAGGACGAUGAUAAUGAUGAUUGUUGUUCCUGGGAGAGAGUUCAAUGUAAUAUCACCACUGGCAGAAUCAUCCAACUCUCUCUCAGUUAUACCAGAAGUCGGUCAUCAUAUGAUGCACCAAAUUGGCUUCUAAAUGCCAGCUUGUUUCUUCCCUUUCAAGAGCUUCAACAUUUUGACUUAUCUGAAAACCGGUUUGGAGGUUUGGCAGACAAUGAAGGGCUGGAACCGUUGGGUAGAUUAAAGAGGCUGGAGGUUCUCGACUUGAGUUUCUUGAUAACUWGCCGGUCUGGAGAASUUGCAAAUGUUGGAUUUGAGUKGGAAUGGAUUCAAUGGCAGUGUUCAAGCAAUCCAAGGUACGUACAACAGCUCUUUUGGCGAAGCUUAAAGAGGCUGGAGGUUCUCGACUUGAGUUGGAAUGAUUUCAACAACAGCAUCCUGCCGUCUUUGGGUGCCCUCAAAUCCCUCAAGAGUCUGUCUCUCGGUUAUAACAAAUUGGAAGGGAACUUUCCUGCUGAAGAACUAGCCGGUCUGGAGAACUUGCAAAUGUUGGAUUUGGGUCACAAUAGAUUCAAUGGCAGUGCUCAAGCAAUCCAAAGUACGUACAAAAGCUCUUUUGGCAAAGCUUACUUCUUUGCGUUGACGUUUUCAGCUUGUAUUUCUGGUCUCAAAAGGUUUAACAAGUUGGAGGAAAUACACUUAGAUCAAAACAAUUUUAACACAACGAUUAUACAGUAUAUUGGUCUGCUUGCACCGGUAAUUAAGAAAUUGUAUCUCGGUGGAAAUCCAUUGAUGAGUGGAUCAAUAACCAGUGAAGAAUCGGAUACUUUGAGAAACUUGGAGCAAUUAGAUUUAUCUUCUUCUACGCUCAACAACAAAUUUCUCGAGAGCAUGGAGGGAAUGAUUUCUCUCAAGUUCUUAGAUAUGUCUUUCGCUCAAGGACUCAAUGGCACUCAACUACCACAUAAAGGAUUGUGCAAAUUAAGGAACCUCCAGGAGUUGGAUCUUAGAGGCAAUGAUUUCGUGGGUAGUGUCAACCAUUGUUUAGGAAAUCUCACAUCCCUUCGCGCAUUGGAUCUUUCUCACAAUCAAUUUGAAGGAAUCUUUGAUACAUCAUUCAUUGCUGGCCUCACUUCUCUUGAAUACCUUUCUCUUUCACAUAAUCGCUUCCAAGGUUCAUUUUCAUUCCAUUCCUUCGCUAACCUU